CAGUUCCAGGACGCGCGAAAAGCAACGGCCACGAUCGCGUCGCCCCCGAUGGCUGUCCACUUCCCACACUGUCAGAAUCGGGAUCGCGGAACUUGGCUCGCCAUUGCCGAGACCGGGAGCACUGAGCACCAAUCUUCAUCCCUUCCUUCCUUAAACAACGAAACCAUCGAAUUCGCGACGGUUCCAUUCAAUCGCCGAGCGUCGAUUCGCGGCACAGAAUGCUUCGCGUCCACUGUCUGGCUCGAGUCUCUACCUGCUGUCUCUCUCCGAGAGCCGCGCCUCGUCCGGCGAUCUCGAUCUCCAGGACGAGGACGACGGCGGGUCGCGGCCUCAGAUGGCGAGCGGUGGGGAGCACCAGAGGGUACGCGACGUCGUGCGAUAAGCUCCUCUUCCGUCAGCUCUUCGAGAAGGAGUCGUCCACUUACACUUACCUGCUCGCCGACGUAUCUCACCCGGAUAAGCCCGCCGUGUUAAUUGACCCAGUUGAUAAGACAGUUGACAGGGACCUCUCUUUAGUGAAAGAGCUUGGGUUGAAGCUGAUAUAUGCAAUGAACACACAUGUACAUGCUGAUCAUGUAACUGGGACUGGUUUGAUAAAGGGGAAAGUCCCUGGAGUAAAAUCUGUCAUUUCGAAGGCGAGCAAUGCAAGAGCUGACUUUCUUAUAAAAACCGGAGAGAAGAUUCAUUUUGGCGAUCUAUUCCUUGAGGUCCGGGCUACACCGGGACAUACACAAGGAUGUGUUACAUAUGUCACAGGAGAUGGACCUAGUCAACCCCAACCAAGGAUGGCUUUCACUGGAGAUGCCUUGCUAAUUUGUGGGUGUGGGAGGACUGAUUUCCAGGGUGGAAGUUCACUUCAAUUGUACCAGUCGGUGCAUGCACAGAUUUUCACAUUACCCAAGGAUACAUUGGUCUAUCCUGCUCAUGACUACAAGGGAUUCACUGUUAGCUCUGUGGGGGAGGAACUUCUCUACAAUCCCAGGUUUUUGAAAGAUGAGAAAACUUUCAAAAGUAUUAUGGAAAACCUAAAUCUCUCUUACCCAAAGAUGAUUGAUGUGGCUGUUCCUGCAAACAUGGUCUGUGGGUUGCAAGACCUGUCUGCAAAGCCAGCUGAGGCUGCAUCAAACUAGGCACAGUCAGGGACAUGUUCAGUGAACUGAGAUUUUCCUCAUAACCUUGCAGUGG